GGCGCCUCGGCGGAGUAGCAGCAGAAGCAGCCGGCGGCAGCAGCCUGGGCGUCACGUGAUCGCGUACGUUCCGCUGGUUAUCGGCUGGCGAGUCAGUUGCGUAUAGUCAAGUCAGCUGUGCGGCGGCCGUUGUAAUGCCCGUGAUGGUGCGGCAAGAGCUGAACUUGAUCAUCGCGCACAGUCCGGAAGGCGGCAAGGGAGGCGGCGGCGGUGGCGGCUCAGUCAACGGCUCCAGCAAACCACGCAGCGGAGGCGCCGCGGCAGCGGGCUCGACGGGCUCGGCGCCCGCCGCGGCAGGAUCCACUCCGCCGCCGCCCGCGGCUGCUGCUCCCGCGACCACCAAUACGCCGUCGGGCCGUACACCUAACUGCGCGCGUUGCAAGAAUCACAACAAAAUGGUGUUGCUGCGCGGCCACAAGCGCUUCUGCCCGUACGUGGACUGCGUCUGCGACCGGUGCAAGCUGAUCGCCAAGCGACAGGUGGUCAUGGCCAAGCAGGUUGCCCUGCGCAGGGCCCAAGCGCUCGACGAGGCCAUGGGACGCACCGUCAUCGAGGAAGUCGACCCCGAGGAGCUCAAACUGGCCGCCGAGAAUGGAAGCAUGCCACCCGCUGACUGCGUGACGCCCGCCGACGUGAGCCUGGCCUCGCUGCCUUCGUCGCUGCCGCCGUCCCCGUACUCGCCGUCUCCUUCCUCCUCUUCCUCCUCGUCGUCGUCCUUCCCGCUGCCGCACUCGCUGUACGGCGCCACGGCCGCCGGCGCUUCGCCUCUGUUCGGGGCCGGCGACACCUCGCCGCCGCUGUUCAUGCCGCUUCCGUUCCCGCUACCGCCGAGCCCUCACCGACCCUACGAGCCGUGGACCAGGACGCCGCCCGGCGUGUCGCCUUACCUUGCAGCGGCUGCCGCAGCCGCUGCCGGUACGGUACCGCCACCGCCUCCUCCUUCGACGACAUUUGCCGGUGCACCAUCGGUGCCGGCCCACACGACCGCGCCGCUCCACCUUGCCGCAGCUGCAGCCGCUGCCAGACUGCCCAGGCCCAUACCGACGACGACGAUGUCGGCGGCAGCGGCCGCUGCAGCCGCCGCGACGAGCCCGUCGAGAUACGACUCUGUGGCGUCGCUGUCCGGCUCCAUCCCCGCUGCUACCGGGGUGGACGCCGUCGUCACGGCAACCGCCGCCGCCGUCGCGGCGACAACCAGCGUUGCGCAAGCGUCGUCGACCGUCAACUCCUACUCGCAGUCGAUGUACGCGUACGACCGCAACGCGGCGGCCGCCGCGGCUGCUGCUGCUGCCGCCGCCGGCAUGUCCCUGCACUUCGACCACCACGGCCACCAUCCGGGCAUCCCGCUGUCGUCUUACGCGCCGUCGCUCCUCUGGUGGGACUGAGUGUCCCCAGUGAGUCGGGGCUCGUCGGACGUGCUCAUUCUGGUGCUGCGUGUGUUUGUUUGUGCGUUUGUCAGCCGCUUGGGACCUAUAUGUAUAUCUGUUGAAGUUGGAACUUUGGCCCGUGUCGCGCGGCGAACUGCGGUGGCUUGAAAGUGGAAAAGGGAGAACACGUGUUCGAACGGUCUUUAUUCUUUUCUGGCCAGUGGCCGCGUUGUGUUCUUGUAUUUGCUCACACAUUUUUUUUAGGUCGUCGGCGUCGGAGCUCCAUUAUUGUUGUCCUCCCUAUCAGUGCACGGUUGCUCCAGAGUUUUCGUCUUAGUGAGCAUCUUCUUCAGCUUGACUUAGUGACACAAAGUUUGAAUUUUAUUGUCUCCGUUUACAGUGUAAAUAUUUAUCUGCAUUCGCAGCGUGAGCACGUGGUGUUAUUAUUAUUAACAUUAAUAUGAUUUCAUUCUAUGGAACAGCCGUUAUCUGAGGAUUGCAACACGCCAGCCGUUCGCCCGUGCGUGUGAAAGAAAAGAAUUAUUCACCGUAUCCUCAACAAAGGUGCUGAUGUCUGCUCAUGCACUUUCGGCGACAAUCCAGUUGCCUAUACUGCUGUUGUACACUGCUUCUUCCCUACUAAGGAGCAAAAACGUUAUGGUGGAUUUUCUCGUGAAGUGUGAAGCUGAUGCCUGUAUUGUUGUUUUUUUUAUUGUUCUUUCUUUGGUUGCACGAUGCAUUCAUUGUUCGGAUGUUCGCAGGCGCGACCUGAACUACGCUGCAAACGCACAGUGACGCUCAUCUUUUAUGGAAUUCUCAUUAUCGACGAAUUUUCUUUCAUCCAAGCUCGCAUCAUUCAUCUAUUAGCACAAGUGUGUGUGCGUGUACCCAGUCACUCACAAAAUAAUUCAAAUGUUUGAUCCUAUUUGAAUGUGGCACGCUCGCUUUGAAAUUUGACCUUCGUGUGCUUUCGUCAAGCUGAUGCAAUGCGCCAGAACGGCGCGGGCAACUAUAGACAACUUUGCGCAUGGAGCGAAAUGAGAAACGGUAAUGGUGAGAAGAUACAGCUCUUUAAAAUUCCGACGUCGCUCUUGGUCCUUCAUCAGAUAGUGCAUAGCAUUAUAUCUGCUACAAUUACUGGAAGGUAGCUGAUGACUGUGUCUAUGGAUUCGGUUGUGACUUAAAAACGGCAUCCAGGUCUGUUUGCUGCUCUCUCCGAAAUGCUCCUCUGUCACCUAACACUCAUCCGCAAGCAUUCAUCACUAUAGGUAAAUGUUUGAAUGAGUGGCAUGUUUCGUGAUUCACCAUUUUCUAUACAGCUAGAAAUUGUUGGUAUUAUAUUAGCGAAGGCUAUGACGGCUCUAGAAAGACAACGCGAUUGACUAAAUGUCAGAGGGGUUAAAAGAGAACACGUUUUAUAAAGAAAAGGAAGGUCUUAUAGGCACGUUAUUUUGUCGCGUAAGGACGCCGUAAAUUAACUCGUGGAGAUGUACGUUCACUACUUAUUUAUAACAAUAGUAACGGCAUGUUUUUCUCCCUGUCGGAAGAAUAGACUACAUUUGUUACGGUGCAAAUGUGUUUGUAGAGAAUCGGAACGGCCGCAGAGUCUUUUAGUAAUGCUUAGAAAACAGAGUAACCUUUAUGCGUUACGCCGCCGGCUGCCGUCCCACUUUCACUCGGUAAAAACGAAAAAAUGGAGAUAUUUAUUUUUUGUUGAGCCUUCGCGCUGCGUUUGACACGUUGUAUUGGCGUCAGCGAUCAACCUUACGUUCUGCGACAGCCGCUCGCAGACUUAAGCAUGCGCAUAUCAUUAAAAAAUAUUUGUAAUUACGUAUGUCUUGCUUCACGGCGCCCGCGCGUUUCCUCUUGGUUGCGAAGGGCCGUCUAGACGAACGAUGUUGUACAAGCGUUCGCUACAGCAUACUCGGAUGCUUGUUGUGGCAUCUGACGUUUUUUUCUUUUGUAUGCUUUUGCCCUCCUCAGCGUUGUAAAUACCGAGCCCUGUAAUUCGUUGCGUGAGUUAUUCUUGGUAAACACUUACCUGUGCGUCUGUGUCCGCUCAAGAAUUGUAACUUUCUCCAUUUAUUAGUGCAUGGUUGAAUGUUGCCGGUGUCUUUUGGUAGGAUCGUUUGCUCGUGUUGUACAAGUUGUGUUUUAAAUAGGCACGCGUGCGCAGUAGAGCUAACUACGAUGAAGCGAUGUGCGCUCUGCACAGAGAUUUCAGAAUAUCGUAGAGUAGUUAAAUCCUGUUCUCGCUGAAUUCUGUUCGCCGUGUUCAAUGUCGAAAAACUUGCCCUGGCAAAGAAGCAGUGAUCAUCAGUGAAAGCGAAAUCUGAGAGUUAGUAGGAAUUCUUACCAAAAGUGGAACAUCUUGAAAAGCUGGCUAGCUACGAGUGCAGUUACACUAAGAUGGCGAUGCGUGUUGUACAGAGCUACCGAACCUCGUUUGUAUGCUGUGUGUAUAUUGAACUCGGUUUCAUUUUUCACUUUCACUAAAUACAAGCAAAACGAACAUGAUAAGCUAGGUAUUCGAGAAAGAAAUGGCUUAUUGGCUUAUUUGUUGGCAUUUAUGCCAUAGCCGCAGCUACUGACUGUCAGUAUGCGACCUAUAACGUAGACGUCCUAACACAGUUGAGCACAUCAUUAUGCUUGACUUGAACAUUGCCCGUUGAAGCUCUGUGCAUGUGGACGUGGUAACUAUAGGCUUGCCGAAUAAAGCACGAUACAUAGGUUUUCUACAACCAUCGCUGGUACGUCACACUUUCCGAUUCUUAAAACUCGAGAGACGAAGUCCAUGCCUUUGUUUCCGUUGAGUGGUUGAUCGCCUGGAUGCGCACUGCUAAUGUGUCGAUGUCACCAUCACUUCACGAACGCGUUUUAAAUUGCAGGUCACUUCACUCCCCUAUUCUUACCUUCCAUGUCAGCGCCUGGAACCUACUGGAACCGUGUUUCCAAAGUCAAUCUUAGCCAGGACGCGGUUACAUUACUCCGGUUAGCAGCAAUGUCUCGUUAUGUGUGCCUAGAAAGUUAAUUUAGCUGUUACGCCUGACAGAAACUCCACGCGCGCUCUUGCAUCAAGCCGAUUGCCACUCGUGACUUUCAUGGGAAACUUGCCUACAAUAUGCCUGCGGGGUGUGCAUGAUGCUGACAAAUUUGUGAGAGAUCUAGUAUCGACGGCGCCUCACUUGAGAACGAAGCUGUUUUCUUCGUUACGUAAACGUUACUUCGUCACGUAGUCUCCUUGUUAACGGACACGGAUGCCGUAGGACAUUGCUUACAUGAAGCCGAUUGACCCAUGGCAACAGUGGCAGAGUAUCCUUGAUAGGAAAGAACUUCCUUUGCUAUGCAUUGUUUGGUAAAGAGCGCAUCAUCAAACUAAUCCUGACAGCGUUGACCAGAAGAUCUGCAUGUUCGAUUAAUUUAACAUCGUCACUGGAUGUCGCUAGUGGCUCUUCUACUUUUGUUUCUUUUGAAUAUACAAAUGUACACUAUUUGCGUACACGUUUCAAAGCUUCUCCUUCGUGAGUGGAACGACCAUGCCGAGUCGCCCGUCUUUUUCAAUCUUGUAGCUAAUAUACACAAACGCACUCGCGGUGCUUCUUUUUUCGAUAUGUGGUGCAAGACACCGAAUGCCGCUUUAUAUGUGAAACAAAAUAUAUGUAUACAACAUAAUAUAACGUAGCCAAGUGUCGGACACCUGUUUAAAUUGCAGUCGCGGACAUCCUUGUCCCCGGCUGCCGUCGGAGAAACCAGUUUGCACGAAGGGCCACAAGAAGCUGUUCACAGGGAAAAAAAAAACACAGCCUGGUCGUGUGAGUUGCAUCUGGCCCCUUUGAUUACUCGACCACGAUUUGAGAGAACGGUUGCUCGCAGCCCGUGACUCUGAGGAGCGGCGGGGAAGGUAAACGUUUCCACUCCAUGUCCCAGUGUCGUACGCAUCGUUUUUAGGAGUAUCGAUUCGCUCCCGGUUGUUGUCAGUGUUCUCGUUAUUCAGUCGUGUGGUGGCGCAAACCUAUCAGUCGGUCGGCUGCUUUUUCGAAGACCGCGUGUGGAGCAUCGCCGCGCCUUCCUGUUUUGGUGUAUUCUUUUCCACUAGCUUGGAGGUUCCACCCUUGUACCACUCGUCACUGUAUUUUCCGCGUGCGAAAUACAAAGAAAAGAGCAACGUCAUAUAUCUGCCCGUCUCUCCCAUACCGCCUUUCCGGUUGUUAGUGUCUGAAUGUUAAUAAAGUCUGUGUGCUGUGUGUACCGACAAGAUGUUGCCCGAAGGCGAGAGUCGACUGCGCCACCUAUUCUGGUUGCAGGGAUUAAGAAGGAAAUCGAACCGUUCGAUUGUUGUGCGUACGCACGAAUCUUUUUCUUUUUUUUUAAUACGAAAGUCAGGCGUGGAGAUUAUCACAUGACGUUGCGUUCGACUGUCGGAUCCCCGUUGGUUCAGCUGAGAUUCCGAUUCCGGCACGUAGCGAGGCUAGAUCAUCUGCAGUUUUGCCUGCCUUCUUGAAGGAAAAUUAUGAGUGCAUUUUCAUAGCGAACCUGGCCUUGUCGGCUGCUAGCAAGCGUUCGUUUACGAGAAUGCGUGACCCAAGACUUCUGUGAUUUCGUUUUUUCGUGUGUCCCCGCUACGUGCCCGGUUCAGUGCCUGUAAAACGAGAAGUGCAUUAUACCAAUCGCUGUGAUGACAAACUUGCUCGAAUGUGUGAUACGAGGCGCUCCGGAAGUUUUGUGCCGAGCGUCAACUCAGUCGUGUUGCAGAUUGCUUGCCCAGUGAGUGUGCCGUCAGAUAUGCUUGUGCUUAUGCCAAAGUUUCGAAGAAUAUGCCGGCCUUUUUGAGCCGUAUGUUGUUUUGUACGACGAUUGUUGCAACAGAAGAGUGAAUUGGAGAGUCCCAUGUGCUCUAUAACCUAAGAAGUAAUAAUAAUGCGUUAAUGUUUUCGAGAGUGACCGUCUAGUAGUAUAAGCUGGCAUCGCCCCAUGUACAGAAGAAGAACCGAUUGUGAUAAGCUGUGCAAGUAAGGUAGAGAAUGCCAUACGUUUGACGUGCGAACAUUGUUACUUUUGUGCGAGCUUAUAGAGUACGCGCAAGGGUUCUGUAUCCCCAGUUUGUUCAAUCGCGACGAAUAUCUGUUCAUCUGUCGCGUAAUUCAGUUAUCCGGUCUAGUCUGAACGUCGCCGUCAUACAAAUGUUGACGCAAUGCGAAAGUGCUGCAGUAAGCCAGGUUGCUUAGGGCGGCUCGCUUUAAAAUGCUGAGCUUAGUGCCUGUGUAACUUGUGCAUAUCAUGGGACUCUCCAAUCAAGACCGGCGUCGCUUUUUAUACGUGUGCGUGUAGACGACGACGAAGGUGUGAGAAGUGUGUGCGCGAGAGUUCAUUGUUUUUUGUAGGGUUUUGACAUCAAAGUUUGGCGAGUUGCGCGAAGCUCCAAGUAUACCGCUGAGCAUAGUGCGCGGUGGUGAGUGAAGUACGUUCUGGUCGAAUGCGGCGAAACCUCCCUUUCUUCUUGAAUGUGUACCUCAACCUUUUUCUUUUUUCCUUUGCCGAUUCCAUGUUUCUUUGGCUUAAGUUUGAAUUGACUUCUCUCAAACAUAAAUCUCCCGCAUCUUUAGAGGAUGGUGAUAUGGACAAGUUCGAGUAAUUCAGUCGUACUGUCACUUACAUAGCGCCAACGCUGCACACAAAACAAAGAGGCAAGAGAUUACAAAGAUGCAGCGUUGCGUCUUUGUAAUCUAUUGGCCGUUUGAACCUUUGUACUGUAAGAGCGUAAGGUACGGGCACGACCCCAUAUCUUGUUGCACGAAAUGUCUCGAACUUAGCAGAACAUGGAAAUUCUCUUAUGUCAGCCUUGAAUGACUAGUCCAACAUCGUCAUGUGGCUUUUGUGGAACGCAACUAGUCGAUGCUUUUUCGUUUUUGUCAAGCUGACCGUGCACUGAAAUUUGCACCAAAACGCAUUUUCGGACACAGGGAGGUUUCGCUGUGUAUCUCAAUGCAAUGUGGGAGUGAUCACCUUCCCGCAUAUAUAUGCACUGAAGCGAAUGCUGUGAUAAGAACUGAAAGCCGCGGAUGAUAGCAAGUGUCCUUCGCGGUGUAGCGAAGUUCGGUUUAUGCACGAAGUUCCUUCUCGGGCUCAUUCAUGCCUCAGAGAAACUGACCAAGAGUAGGCUUUCUUUUUUUUUUAUCUGUCUUUUAUGGAUUUGACAGCGUGCUGGCAUUGCUGAGGGGAUCCGUUUAAGAGCCUUCGCAAGUUAGUUCGUUACUACGAAGUCGUGUUGGGACACAAUGGUCUGCGUGCUAAGAACAGCCAAGGCUUUCCUUCUAUUUCGAAUAACAUUAUAGCAUUUUUACCUGCCUCAGUGCCAUCCGUGUACCUUCCUUUAAUCAACAUGUAGCUGCUUAUUGGCGUCUAUUUUUUUUUGUUCACCACAUUGGUCUUUAUUUAAUGCCGAUUGGAUCCCACCGGCCUUGAUGAUACCACCGUGCGUUUCUUUUAUUUGUUUUCUUUAAAAGUAACGCGUUUACUGUCGAGCUCGAUGGAUGUGAAGCGUAAUAACCAGUGAGCCACAGUUACGUUUGCUUGCUGAGACGAAAGUAGUGAACCGAGCAAAAUAAUUUGUGCUAUUAUGUCAUAAAUGGAAGCACGCGCUUUGGCAAAGUAAGUGUCGAACAGCUGCGAGGUCGUCUUAAAGCCUUGGGAACCCGCUCGCCUGUAAGGGGCGCCAGAAGUGUGAUAUCCUGAGUUGUGAUAGUGGGGCAUGCCUCGUUGGUCUGUCCGUUUAGUGCGGUAUACUUACAGCAGGCCCGGUUUGUGCCAAGAAACCGGACGCAGCCGCUAGAGUCUCUUUUGGUUACGAGCCACGCGUUGUCAAGUGCACAUCUUCUUUUCCAGUUGGUGAACGAGUGUUGCUAGAUUUUACAGAUUUUGGAUAAAGAAUGUUUGGACUAAAGCACAUAAAAAUGUACCGAGGAGUUUGUAAAAGGUUAUUUUGUACAUGGAUGUCGUUGCCAAAUAAAAAGCUGUGAGUCCAGAAA